ACAAGGCCCAGCUUUCAAGCGCUUAUUUUGAUAGGCGUUUCAGCUUCAGUGUUCAGUCGGCAUUCAGUCGCGAUGGUCGUUACCACUAUGGAGUUCCCUGUAAAACUCGACGAUAAAAACUAUGACAUAAAAAAGUUCUUACGCGACCACCCCGGCGGUACCAACACACUAAGAAAAUACAAAGGGAAAAAUAUCUUGCGGGCUAUGGAAAAAUUUGGGCACAGUGUUAAUGCUUACCAUAUGUUAAAUGAUUUUAAAGUUGAGAGUGAGAAAGAUUGUAACUUGUGUGGUGUUAGUGAGAAUGGGAGGAUUAUCACUAAGGAAGAGGAUGGGAGGGAUAAAGAGGAGAUCGCGUAUUUAGAGGAACUGGAGGCUCGUCUGGACUGGUCAAAGCCCCUCCUAUCCCAACUGGAUGCUAUCGCCCCAGACUACGAGAAGUGGGUGAACAGCGCCGUAUACCGGCACUGUCGGCUCUUCGGCAGCCCGCUGCUGGAGGCGCUGACCUACACGCCCUGGUACCUGGUGCCGGCGUGCUGGCUACCCGCCAUACUGUGGCUGGGGCUCGGGGAGUACACGAAACAUGUGGGCAGUGAUAGCAGCGAUGCGUUGUCAAUCCUUCAGUUCUUCUGGCACCUCGCACUAGGCCUAUUCCUGUGGUCUAUCAUAGAGUACUCACUACACAGAUGGGUGUUUCACUUAGACCCAGGGAAGAACCUUACUAUGAUCAAGAUACAUUUCUUAAUACAUGGGCUACACCAUAAGAUGCCAUUUGACGGUCUGCGUCAAGUGUUCCCGCCGGUGCCUGCUCUGAUGUUGGCUUGCAUCAUUUACCAGCCAGUGUCGUGGUUCCUGAGUUAUCCACUCAUCAAGCUUACUGGUGGACUCAUAGGUUACUUAACAUACGACAUGAUCCACUACUACGUGCACCACGGCUCGCCCGCCGACGGUACUUACCUCUACGCGAUGAAGCGCUACCAUUCCAACCACCACUUCGUCAACCACGACAAAGCAUUCGGCAUCAGCAGCGACCUCUGGGACCACGUGUUUAAGACCUUCGUGAAGCUCCGGACGCUCGGCUUCAGUUUACGUUGGGACUGAUACUUUUGGAACCUCUCAAGUGAUAUUCAGAAUUAAAUAGAGUAUCUAAACUCACGGAAAUGUGUGUAUUAUGCGAUAUAUAUAUUUUUCGGAAAUACAUGUACAAAUAAGAACGAGUAGAACUAUGAAAAUAAAAGUGAAUAUUACACGCACAAACGCAAA